AUGUCAUCCAAGAAAAACUUGUCUAAAGGCAAGUCAUCGGCCAGUGAACUGAAGGCCCAAUUCAAGGACCUUCAGCAACGGCUGGGGAAAAACUCUGACUCUGCCACGAUCGAGACGGAUCCAGCUACGAGAGGGAGGAAACGUGACAGUUUAGGUCUUGGGGCGCAAUCACUUUCCGAACGGCGUCCACUAUCGGGCGUUGAUUUUCUGAGUGACCUGAGUGACGGCCUUUUAGUGGAAUCGCGUCGUCUCAACCAUGAAAACACACAAUUAAAAGCACAAUUAUCUGAUUUACAGGAUAAAUAUACCCAAACUUCCCAGCAACUACUCAAUUUACAAGUGUUGAACAAGAAACUGAGCGAAAAGGAGGAGGAGUCCAGUGACCGAAUUUGGGAACUCGAAACACAACUUAGCGAUCUGCGAGACAACUCAGUGAAGCUACAGCAGAUGUACGAAAAAACGAGCAAGGACAAGUCUUCAAGAGAUGUAGAGCUGGAAAACUUAAGGGCGCAGCUUGAGCUUUAUCAGGAAAAGCAAACGGUUCUGGAAAAGGAGACCACAACCAAGCUAUCGCAGUUGAAUGCCACGAUUAAGGAGCUGAAACAACGCAAUUCCGAUCUGAACGAUGAAAACGACGAACUGCACCAGAAAGUGCACAAGUUGUCGGUCCCAAAGAAUAAACAAUUAGAUAUACCUCCUGCUAAUGACGAGAACGCUGAAUUUGAGAAGUACGACGAAUCGUUGUUGAUCGACCCUUCGCUGUCUCCAAUUCGUGAAAUAUCUCCAAACACGAUGCUUGAAUCUGACACGGCCAGUCUACAAAAAGCACAAAAGACGAUCGUCAAGCUGAAACAGGACCUUGCCAAGCUGAAGGCGGAGAAGGAAGAGUUGAAGAGAAAGCAGACCAAAUCACCGAAAAAAUCGGCCAGACGUCAAUCUGUCGCCGAAAGCGAUGAGUGGGACGACUUCGACAAAAGCAUUGCCGCGAAUAACACAGCCAGGGACUCGGAAUAUUCAAAUUUACAAAUGCUUGAAGACGAGCUGGGAAGUCUUUCGGACGAAUACGAUGAGAUGGAAACUUCGCAGAUAAAAUACCUCGAAAAAUACGCUUCUAAGCAUGGACUAAAGCUCGUGCCUGAAUCUAGCGACAAGACAUCUGACAGAUCCAUCAUUGAGGCCUCUACAGGAUACGACAUUGUUGCUUUGCCUAAUGACGCCAAUGUGCACUCUCCAAUUGAGCAGCUGAAACAAAGGUGUCAUGAGCUGGAUAUGGUGCCGCUGAAAACAAGCGAGUACGAAGAGCUGGUGAAGAGAUCCAAUUACGACACUAUCGACACAGAUAAGUUGGACAACGUUGGUCUUACAGUUCUUCCUUUACUUGAGUUCAAAGCACUCGAAGGGAAGGCCAAUAAGUUCGAGACUGUACAGGCUGAGAUCGAACAACUUCAAAAUCAGCUGGAAAACCCAGGUGCAGAAUUUAUCAACAAAAAGGCCAAUGAGAUGGGGCUAACGACUCUUCCUGCUGAAGAUUUCGAAAAGCUAAAGGCUGCAUUGAACACCAAAACCAUUGAGCUGAAUACAGUGCAAGAAAAAUUAAGACAGGUUGAAAAGAAAUUGGAGACUCAAGCGACGUCACUGGAACAGUUGCAAAGUGGAGCAAAGAGCCACAAUAUGGCUCUUUUGCCGGCUGCAGAACACAGAGAGCUGCUUGCAAAGGUCAAGGAACAGCAACAAGAUAUCGAAGCAUUCAAGGGAGCUCUCAAAGCUGCAGAGGACAAGCUUGCCUCUCCAGACGUUUCUUUUAUCAAGGAGAUGGCAGGAAAGAAAAAUCUGGUCGUCUUGACGUUUGAGGAAAACGAAGCUAUCAAAGCUGUGAGCACUCCUGUAAAUAGCCCUGUGAAACGGAACAUUGACUCUGGAAGUCCAACCAAACGCCAUGCUACUCUGGCCACUGACGGAACUGUCGAGAUUGCUGCUUCAGCUUUACGUUCUCUUCAACAAACCGUGGAAAAUCCAACACUUCCAUAUCUUAGCAGCAAGCUUUCCAACUUGGGCUAUAAGGCUCUAUCCAUUAAUGAGUACGAAUUGCUUGUGGCCAAAUCCUCUUCCAGUGGAGUUAACGUUUCUCCACGUAAGCAAAGGGCCCUUGAGUCGGCGGAGACAGUCGAGUCUCUGAAAAGACGGUGUGCGGAACGAGGGUUGGUUGUUUUGUCCAAGUCGUCCUAUGAAAGCAUUCUUGUGUCCUCGAAAAGAUCGCUUACCCCGGUGGAGCUGCUUGAAAGAGUCGACAAGUCGGGCAUGGUUGCCCUCAAGAAGAAAGACUAUCAAGAGCUCUUAAAAACUUUUGGUUCUCUUGGCCCUCAGUUUGAGGAGCCAGUGAAGCAAAUGAAAAAGGCUGGCCCUCAGCACAUUGGGGCUUCUCUCAAUGAGCUUAAGCUGCUUGCUGAUCAACAAGCAAAAAUUUCUGCAUCUUAUGACUCGCCGCCUGUUUCGUUCUUGGUACAAAAAGCCAGGGAUGCAGGCUACAAAGUAUUGAGUGAGAAAGAGUACAAAGAGCGGAAAGUUGAACCAUCUGCUGAAGAAUGCCGUGAGAUUGCUGAAAAGCAUAACUUUGUGUUGCUUGAUUCAGAGGAGCAUAAGGAGCUUUUGUCGCUGAAAAAUAGUGCGGCGCAUCCCUCCAAAGAUUUUGUCUCCAAGCUUGCUGCUGCUGCUGGACUGAGCGUUUUAGAGACAGGGGAGGCAAAGAGACUCUCCAAUCCUUCAAAGUCACAAGUUAUACAAUUGGCCAAACAACACUCCCUGGUGAUACUGGAUAGUCAGGAGCAUGAAAAUAUGCAACAGGAGUUAAAGAAGUCGAAAGAUGCUCUUAGCGAGCGUAGCCAACAGGUGGCAAAACUCGAUUCUCAAGUUAAGCAGCUGCAAGAGCGAAUUAACAGGCCGACAGUCGAAUUUCUGCAGAGUGCUGCUGCCAGGCUUAAUUUCGUCUUGGUGGCUAAGAAUGAAAACGACAAAAAGGAAAACCAGCUGAAAGUCUCCUCUAAGCUCGAACAAGAAGUGUCCAAGUUAAAGUCACAGGUGGCAACAUUGUCAGCAAAGCUCAAGGAGACAGAAACUAGUGAUUUCGCCAGAUCGCAAGCUGCCAAAUACGAUCUUGUGGUCAUGCCUAUCUCUGAAAAAAAGCAAAAGGACGAUGAACUCAGCCAUUGCCAAAAGCAGUUGAGUGAUAAGUCCAAGGUCCUGCAGACGAUCCAGAAACAAGUGCAGGAGCUGACAAAACAACUGACCGACACUAGAAAAGAGCUGGACUUGCAGAAAAAGACCCCUCCUUCUCUCGAGGUCGCCCAGUCAGUUGUGACCAAAAGUGGGCUACUCUGUUUGUCGAAAGCAGAGUUAGACCAGCUUUCGCAAGCUAAAUCACGUGAAACUGUCUAUGUGGAUGCUCCAAGUGAACCACACGACGCCAAAGAUCGCACAAUGAAAGAAGAAGAGUUGAAGGAGCAUGCCUCCAAGCUUGGAUUCGCGCUUGUUCCUGUUGGACAGAAGAGACAACCCCAAAGAUUGGACGUGCACAAGCUCAAAGAACUUGCCAAAUCACACGGCUUGGAGACCAUAGAAGCUUCCAAACUGCGAAAGCUUCAGGAGAGUAGCAAGAUCGAUCUUCCAACGCUUCAUGCGGCCGCCAGAUCUUUGGGCAUGACCGUGGUUGAUCCUAAAGCAGCUCCAAAAAGAGCUGACCUGAGCCAAGCAGCAGGCAAACUGGGUCUGAAACUCAUGAGUUCAUCAGAAAUCGAAGCACUGAGGAAAAGGCCGAUCACUUCAAAGGAUCUCGCUGCCAAAGCUGCCGAACUUAAGCUCAAGCUUGUGCCUGAGAACGAACACGGCAACUUGAAGAAGCCCGUUCUUGAUAGCGAUCUCAAACAGAUAUGCAAGUCGAAAGGAUACAUGCUCAUUCCAGAGUCCAAAUUUGUGGCCACUACAGUUUCGAGGACUGUGGAUGAGUCCAACAUCGUCGUCGUUCCUUCCACCUACUACAAUAAAUUAAUUAGAAGCCAUGCCUGGUACAAAAACCACAAGACAGAAGUUGAUGAAAGUGAGAAACCAGCCACGACGGUUUUGGAAGAGGACGAGCCAAGUGUCUUGUCUGCAGAAGCUAUUAGACAAAGACAGCCGCUGUCGCCUGGUAUUUCAAUGAGCCACCUAGCUAGACACGCCACCACGUCUACUGUUCAGACGACGGGCACUUUCAAGUUCACUAACCAGGAAAUGAUUGCCGCAAUUACUCAAACGAUCAUUGGAGAAUAUCUUUAUAAAUACUACAGAAAGCUCGGUCCGCUGUCUUCUCUCUCUGAAGCCAGACACGAAAGAUACUUCUGGAUUCACCCUUACAGCCUUACGCUUUACUGGUCUGCUGCCAAUCCUAUACUUGGUGAUCCAUCCGAAAACAAAAUCCGGGCCCUGGCGAUUAGCAGUGUCGAGUCCGUUGAGGAUAAUAAUCCACUACCUCCUGGAUUGUACCACAAAAGCAUUCUUGUUCACUCUGUCGACAGGACGAUCAAAAUUACCUGUCCGACCCAAAAGCGACACAGUAUUUGGUUCAACUCGCUAAGAUAUUUGAUCGACAGGAGUGUCGAUGAAAACAUAAACGAAGACCCAGAAAACCAGUACGAGAUUUCUUACGCAUUAGACGACCGCGUGGAAAACGAAAGAAAUGGACGUGGGCAGCCGCCAUCAAGAAGCCUGACGACGAAAGGACUGUUUGGCAACAUCAUGCCUGCCAAAAAGGACUAA